AUGUCGCGCAAAGCGGUAGAUUCGCGGAUUCCGGCGCUGAUUCGAAAUGGCGUGCAGGAGAAGAAGCGCAGCUUCUUUGUGGUGAUUGGAGACCGGUCCAAGGAUGUGAUUGUGCACCUGCACUACAUCAUGUCGAGCAUGGACGUGGCGCAGAACAAGUCGGUGUUGUGGGCAUACAAGCACAAGCUGCUUGGGUUUACGAGCCACCGGAAGAAGCGGGAGAACAAAAUAAAAAAGGAGAUCAAGCGGGGGAUCAGGGAGGCCAACACGAACGACCCGUUCGAGCUGUUUGUGUCGCUGCACAACAUCCGGUACGUGUACUACAAGGAGACAGACAAGAUCCUGGGCAACACGUACGGGAUGUGUAUCCUGCAGGACUUUGAGGCAUUGACGCCGAACAUCCUGGCGCGGACGAUCGAGACGGUAGAAGGUGGCGGGCUGGUGGUGCUGCUGCUGAAGGGGAUGAGCAGCCUGCGGCAGCUGUACACGAUGAGCAUGGACGUGCACGCGCGGUACCGGACGGAGGCACAUGCAGACGUGGUGCCACGGUUCAACGAGCGGUUCAUCCUGUCGCUGGGAGGCUGCGAGGCGUGUCUGGUGAUUGACGACGAGCUGAACGUGUUGCCGAUUUCCGGCGGAAAGGGCGUGAAGGCACUGCCGCCACCAGAUGAGGAUGAAGAAGGCGUCAGUGGCGGCAAGGUGCGGACGGCGAGCCAGCGACAGCUGGAGGAGCUGCGGGACAGCCUGACGGACACGCCGCCAAUCGGCAGUCUGAUGCCGCUGGCAAAGACGCUGGACCAAGGACGGGCGCUGCUGACGUUUGCGGACGCGAUCGCGGAGAAGUCGCUGCGCGGCACAGUAGCACUGACGGCAGCACGUGGUCGCGGCAAGUCAGCGGCGAUGGGUCUCGCAGUUGCAGCAGCGGUGGCCCAUGGGUACGCCAACAUCUUCAUCACGUCGCCAUCGCCGGAGAACUUGAAGACGCUAUUUGAGUUUGUGUUCCGCGGAUUCGACGCGCUCGGCUACCUCGACCACGUCGACUACACGAUCAUCCAGUCGACCAACCCGGACCUGCCGAGCAAGCCGGUGGUGCGGGUCAACAUCCACCGGGAGCACCGGCAGACGAUCCAGUACAUCCGGCCGCAGGACGCACACGUUCUGGGCCAGGCGGAGCUGGUGGUGAUCGACGAGGCGGCGGCGAUUCCGCUGCCUCUGGUGCGCCAGCUGAUCGGGCCGUACCUGGUGUUCAUGGCAUCGACGAUCAACGGGUACGAGGGCACGGGGCGGUCGCUGUCGCUGAAGCUGAUCAAGCAGCUGCGCGAGCAGUCACGGGGAGGCGGGGUGAAGGCGGCCACGGCAGCCAGGACGGAUGAUGACGACGCAGUGGCGGUGACGGAUCGGUCAACCGGACGGGCGGCCAAGUCACAACAGGAUUACGAGCUGCUGGCGAGCGGAUCGCGGUCGCUGCGCGAGAUCACGCUGUCAGAGCCGAUCCGAUACGCACAGGGCGACGCGGUGGAGAAGUGGCUGAACGCAGUGCUCUGUCUGGACGCGACGCUGCCACGGGUAUCCCGGCAGAGCAGCACGAGCUACCCGGACCCGUCUUCGUGCGAGCUGCUGCUGGUCAACCGCGACACACUCUUCUCCUUCCACCCGGUCUCGGAGCGGUUCCUGCAGCAGAUGGUGGCGCUCUACGUGGCCAGCCACUACAAGAACACACCGGACGACCUGCAGCUGAUGAGCGACGCGCCGGCCCACGAGCUGUUUGUGUUGGUGGCGCCGUCUUCGGCCGGCGAUGAGGAAGGUGGUGGAGGAGGCAGCCGGCUGCCGGAGCCGCUCUGCGUAGUGCAGGUGGCGCUGGAGGGCCGGAUCAGCCGUGAGAGCGUGAUGCAGUCGCUGAGCCGCGGGAUGCGGCCGUCGGGUGACCUGAUCCCGUGGCUGGUCAGCCAGCAGUUCCAGGACGACGAGUUUGCGUCGCUGUCAGGUGCUCGGGUCGUUCGCAUCGCCACGAACCCAGACUACGUGUCCAAGGGCUACGGUGCUCGCGCGCUGCAGCUGCUGUGCGACUACUACGAGGGCCGGUUCUUGAGCCUGUCCGAGGCCGACGAGAACGAGCCGGCAACGGCGCGCAUCGUGACAGACGUGACGGAUGUGGCCACCGGGGCCGCUGGCAGUCUCCUGGAAGACGACAUCCGCGUGCGCGACAUUGGCGCGAUGCCGCCGCUGUUUGCCCGUCUGGCCGAGCGGCGACCGCCGGGACUGGACUAUGUGGGCGUCAGCUACGGGCUGACGAGCCAGCUGCUCAAGUUCUGGAAGCGGGCCGCGUUUGCGCCCGUGUACCUGCGACAGACGGCCAACGAGCUGACAGGCGAGCACACGUGUGUGAUGUUGCGGCCGCUCGGACAUGGAGCUGGUGGCGCAGGCGGUGGCGCAGGCGGCGAUGGGGCGUGGCUGGGGGCGUUCUCACGUGACUUCCACCGACGGUUCCUGUCGCUGUUGUCGUACCAGUUCCGGGCGUUUCCGCCGGCGCUGGCGCUCAGCAUCGGCGAGGCGGCGCAGGCGGCGUCGGCACGGUUUGACGUCGACGGCGAGGCCCGGCCGCUGACCCACGCGGAGCUGAACGCGCUGCUGACGCCGUUCGACCUCAAGCGGCUCGAGUCGUACGCGAACAACAUGCUGGACUACCACCUGAUCCUGGACCUGGUGCCGGCAGUGGCACAACUAUACUUUACCGGCCGGAUUCUGGCACAGAACGACGCUCUGAAAAAGGGGUCCUCCCUGACCGGCGUCCAGCAGUGCAUCCUGCUGGCCGUCGGGCUGCAGCGCAAGGACAUGGAGGCUGUCGUGACCGACCUGACGCUGCCCAUGUCGCAGCUGCUGGCCAUGUUCAUCAAGGUGCUGCGCAAGAUCACGGCGCACUUUGGCACGCUGGUGGCAGCCGCCGUCGAUGCCGAGCUGCCACGGCCGCGUCGGAGCGCUUUGGCGGGCGUCUCGGCUGCCAACGCGACCGGCGUGCACGACGACGAGACGGUCGACCAGCGGUUUGAGCCGCUGGCCCUGACGGUGGCGGAAGAUCUGGCUGUAGUCGACGAGGACGACGAGGACGACGAGGCCCGCGAGAAGAAGCGCCGCCAGCGCGAGCUCAUCGACUCGCUGCCCCUCGACCAGUACGAGGUCCAGGAGACCGACACGCCCGGCUGGGUCGAGGCUGAGCGCCAGGUCGCUGCUGCCGCCGGCCGCAGCGGUACCGUCGUCAGCAUCAAGACGGCCAAGACUGGCGGCACGAAGCGCAAGCCAGGCCAGGCCACCGUGGCCGAGGUGUACGACGAGGUAUAUGGCGAGAAGAAGAAGAAGAAGCGGCGGUGA